AUGGCUGCCGACGACGCAGGAACCGAGAGCCACGGGCAGCUGGCCGAUCGCUUCAAUGCGUAUUUCACUGGCGCGCUGACCAUGAAUCUCGUAUACAUCGGUGACCAGCUGGGUCUGUACGGUGCCCUUAAAAAGCUGGGGAAAGCGACAAGUGCUGACCUGGCUGAGUCCUGCUUGCUCGGUGAAAGGUGGGUAAGGGAGUGGCUGUACCAGCAGGCAUCAGCCAAGCUCCUUGAGACUGACGCUGAGGCCAAGUUGUUCUGGAUGACAGAAGCGCAACAGGACGUUCUGGCCAAUGAGGACGGCCAUGAUGGGUCACCCCAUUUCCUGGGUGGCGUGGCACAGCAGGUCGUCUCCAUAAGCCCCGCCUUGCCCAAGAUUAUGGAGGCCUUCAGGACUGGCAUGGGCCUCAAGUAUGAUGACUAUGGACCCGGGCUGGCUGUGGGCGUGCGCAGGGAGCUCAACGUGUGGGUGCGGCACUCCAUGCUGGCCACCUUCUGCAAGAUCCCGGGCCUCAAGGAUUCUUUGGAAGUUGGGGUGAUGGUGGCAGACAUAGGCUGCGGCUGUGGCGAGGGCCUCCUGACAUUGGCUCAGGCCUUCCCCAAGAGCACCUUUCAUGGAUACGACACCUCAGCCCACGCAUUGGCGGAAGCCAAACAGAGGCUGCAAGAGAUGGGCGUCACCAAUGCUGUGUUCAUCAAUCCGGACGAGGCCCCCCUGCCAAACGAGGGACGGUAUGACUUCAUGUACACGGUCGAUGCCGUCCACGACAUGGCGCAUCCUGACCAGGUCCUGAGAGGCAUUCGAGGGUGCCUGAGGGAGGGUGCACGUUACCUCAUAUGCGACGUGAACAGCAGGGACAGCCCGGCUGAAAACAUCAAGGAGAUGCCCGGUGUGGCGGCGGCCGCAUAUGGCAUAUCGACGCAUGUGUGCUUGUCAAGUGGCCUCUCUGAGGAGGGCGGCAUGGGCCUUGGGACCAUGGGUUUGACGGAGCCAGUCGUUCGCCGCCUAGCAUUCGACGCGGGCUUCGGCAAGUUCCAGAAGUUGCACGACUUUGGACGACCAGAUAUGAACUAUUUUCUGCUGGAGGCCUGA